GGUCAGCUGACUGACUGCCGUGUUCCGGGUGUGUGCUCGGUGUUUACUCGGUGUCACCGGAGGUGAAAACGUUAAAACGCUCGCGGUUUCUUUCUCCUCGUUCGGAGUCGAUGAAUUUUCAUUUGGACGCGAACUCAAGUCUCCAAACAGGAAGUGACUCAUCCGUCACGCGGAAGCUGCACAGAGACUUUUCCACCGACUCAGACUCGGUUUCAUCGAGUCCGGUUGAAAUUUUAAAUCUCGGAUUUAACGAUUGACGUUAAUCACUCGAUGCCAUGAACGCCUCGGACAGCGACGAGGACCUCUACAACGAGAGGACGGCGUUGGUCCCUUCGGAGAAUCCUGCAGUGCCGUCCUACAGACCAGAUCCUGACCUCACCCAGCCCAGUGACACUCCCACCAAAAGGGUAAAGCCUGGGGCGAGCAGGAGGGCGCGUCCAGCUGCGAUGAACGGUGGCGGCGGCGGCGGCUCGGAUCAGGAGGCGGAUGCAGACGAAGAAGAGCUGACUCUGAAGUACGGAGCCAAGCACGUCAUCAUGCUGUUCAUCCCUGUCACCCUCUGCAUGGUGGUGGUCGUCGCCACCAUCAAGUCCGUCAGCUUCUACACAGAGAAGACCGACCAGCAGCUGAUCUACACUCCGUUCACAGAGAAUACGCCAUCUGUCGGCCGCCGGCUCCUCAACUCCGUCCUCAACACCAUCAUCAUGAUCAGCGUCAUCGUGGUCAUGACCAUCUUCCUGGUCGUCCUCUACAAGUAUCGCUGCUACAAGUUCAUCCACGGUUGGCUCAUCCUGUCCUCCCUCAUGCUGCUCUUCUGGUUCAGCUUCAUGUACCUCGGUGAAGUGUUUAAGACCUACAAUCUGGCCGUGGACUACCCGACAGUGGGGGUGAUCAUCUGGAACUUCGGGGCCGUGGGGAUGAUCUGUAUCCACUGGAAGGGCCCCCUCCAGCUGCAGCAGGCCUACCUGAUCCUCAUCAGUGCCCUCAUGGCCCUCGUCUUCAUCAAGUACCUGCCCGAGUGGUCGGCCUGGGUCAUCCUGGGAGCCAUCUCCAUCUACGACCUGGUGGCCGUCCUGUCUCCUAAAGGUCCUCUCAGGAUGCUGGUGGAGACGGCUCAGGAACGCAACGAGCCCAUCUUUCCCGCCCUCAUCUACUCCUCUGCCAUGGUGUGGACGGUGGGGAUGGUGAGUCCGGCGGACGCUCAGCGCUCUGAACAUGAAUCAGACGAGGAGGCGGAGCAGAGCGGCAGGGGGGCGGAGCCUGAGAGCAGACAAUCCCGGACGUCUCCAGAAGAUGACCUGGAGGAGGACAGGGGCGUGAAGCUCGGCCUCGGUGAUUUCAUCUUCUACAGCGUCCUGGUUGGAAAAGCCGCAGCGACGGGCGGAGACUGGAACACGACGCUCGCCUGCUUCGUAGCCAUCCUCAUCGGUCUGUGCCUGACUCUGCUGCUGUUGGCCAUCUUCAAGAAGGCUCUGCCGGCGCUGCCCAUCUCCAUCACCUUCGGCCUCGUCUUCUACUUCUCCACAGACUUCCUGGUCCAGCCCUUCAUGGACAACCUGGCAGCUCACCAGUUUUACAUCUGAGACAACCCCCGCCCGACCCCCCGCCCCCCGCCCCCGCCAUCUGUUGAUGUAACGCACAAAAACUACUUCCUGUGCCAGUCUUCUGCCCGUCUCUGAAAGUCCGCAUGGUGCACUAGACUAACCACAGGAAGUGAGGUAACAGGACGUGGGUGGGGUGUUCCCAGGUUGUUUCAGUCAGGAACAAAGAUCACCUGCUGUCUGACAGUUUAAAGGAAAGAUCCACCUUAAAUCCUAUAACUGAUCGUGUCUGUAGCGUCUCUGUCAUGUGACUCACUGUGAUGGUUGUUUGUUAGUGACGACUGGCUGUGACAGGCUGACAAAGACAAACAAACAAACAGUCGUAUUUUAAUGUUUUACAAUAUCUUAAGGUGGAUUUUUCCAAAGGUCACAGAUCUCAACACUAAACCCGAUCAAACAAAUUCCAGAUUGUUCUGUUUCAUUUCACUGCUCAGCUGACACGUUCUUCAGGGCGAUAACAGAUCAGACUCGUGUCAGACGGAUCCAGGUUUCAUGAGGCUUUGAUGCUUUCUUUGUCACAGACGACGGUAACUUAAACUGACCCCCCCCCCCCCCCCCCCCCGUGUUAGAGAAAGCUGGACUGAUUAAAGAGCCAGUUCACCCAAUUCACAGAUGAAUGAUGAAUAUUUUCCAGUAUGCUUUGCCUCCACCGAGGUGGAACGACUUGUCAGCAGCUUCCAGCCUCAGCAGGAGGUCGUGUUUCAGGGCCUGUAAGUCUGUCAGUUUUACUUUAAUAGUCCAGAGUCAGGUCUGUGGAUCAUCCUGAUUCUCCACAGCUUUUGUUUCUGGGAUUCUGAUUUUGGACUUUUCAAAUGUGUCCUGGUAAUUUUCACUGUCACAAACUAAAGUCUGUUGGCAGCAGAUCUGAACACAUAAAUCCACGUCUGCAUGGGACUGUGGGUGAGAGGGAAAAUGUCUUCUGAGUAUCGUUUGGGUGAACUGACCCUUUAACAUUACUAGAUUUUACAUUAGAGAUUUUAUUUCAUCCUACUGUGCAAUAAACUUCUGUCACAAGCUGAGAAGAAAUAUUCUACUGAACUUUAACUUUUCCUGUUGGAUAUUGGAUUUUUUUUAGCCUCUUUUAGCUCCUAGUUUCGGUUGUGCAGCGCACGUCCUCUGGUUCAUGAAGCAGAAAUAUUUAAAUGUUAAUGUACUGGUUAAAACAACUGUUGUACCAUGUGAAUGCAAAUUUCCUCAAAAUAAUAAACUUCUUUUUGUGAUUAAA